AUGCGCAAAUUUAUAUUUGGAUUUCUAGCUGCUGCUGUGGCUUCGUGUUCGCAUGAAAUGCCGCUGGACUAUUUUAGGAAGGAAUUGCAGAUUCGAAAGAAAGAGCUCGGAAUUGCCCGAAUGAGCUUGGUGAAAAACACUGAGGAAAACACCUGCAUAAAAUACGACAUAGACCGCUGCUGCACGAUGAUCGCGGAUGUGGAAAAAUUGUGCAAGGAAAAAAACGCUUCUGAGAGCAUACUAAUUAGAGACUGCAUGUCCAUAAUGGACGAUGCAUACAGCAUAAAGCUGCAGCUUAGGGAGAAGUGCGUGGCUUCUGAAACAACAGCAAUCCAACUCCCCCAUAAAAUUUGGUACUUUGACAACGGCUCUGCGAAAAGCAGAACAGUCAAGGAGAUGCCUUCAAUGGAGCUAGACCUGUACGUUCUGGCGAGAGAAAAGUAUCUGGUCGCGAUGCGGCUUGCUGAUAUAUUUGAACAGGCGGACGAGGAGAAAAUGGCGGACGAGGAGGCCUUUGCAGCGAUUAUAUGUGGGCGCAUUCCAGCGAUUGACUCCCUGGAAACGGCAAGGCGGUUUAUUACUUCUGUGCGAGCCAACGUUAGCAUGAUGAAGUUCUCUAUAAUGGAAGCAGUUAGCAAUAAUCUGCACUCUUUGCUGCCAGUGAAGGAGGAAGCGGAGUACAAGAGAAUGCUUUUGUGGUACAUCAUAAAAGCCUGCAGUAAGGACACGGCAGCUCCUUUAAACCUCACGCAAGAAGAAGCUGAGGACAUGCUUAAAGCGAAUGGCAUAUACAAUGCCUCUAUGUCUUCUUUGGUGGAAAUCACGCCUCGGGUCGGGUACAUCAGCACCCAGGACCCAUCCCUCUUCAGGCCCAAGGACUUUAUAGAUAUUCUCACUGCUGAACACUUCCUGAACAACGGAAGGUUUGUGGGCGCGGGGAAAGUGCUGAAAACCCUGCACAGGCAGGUCAUGCGCAGCUCCAAGCCGGUUUUAGAGUACAUCGCGCACAUGGUGGGAGCCAUCAUGACCAACAUUGACGUUGCCUCCAAAGACGAAAACCCAAACUACAGCGCAAGAAAAACCCAGGCCAGAAACGCAUCCUGCGAGAACAUGCUGGCGUGUCGCCUUUGCAAGAAGAGCAGGGAUAUUAUGAACUUCUACACAAAAGACCCCAGAAGGAUGGCACUUCACGUGCUAGACGAGCUUGCAAAUGUUGUAUACAUAGACGAAGACGGAACAGGAGCCUUGCGCCCUUACAUUAGCAACUACCACUUUGUGUGGCACGCAGUGAAGGUUUUAAACGCCAAGUUCUGCAAGGAAACCCGCACUUUCGUGCCCGAGCCAACUGAGAAGAGAGCACACAAUCCGCCAAUGGACAUUGUGGCUCUGAACAAAAUCAUGCACGAAGGAAAUGUCUUCUUUUCAUUGGACUCUAAGGCCGUACUGAUAGGGCGCCAGGCCUAG